GCUUCAAAACAUUGCUUCGUCGGUCUGAUGAGUGUAGCGAUAUGCGGCAACGAACUCAAACAUCAGUAAUUUCUUUAGUUUUUCUUUUUAUCUGCGUUAGAUGUUUUAAUCCUUUUGACGAGGGGCAAUAUGAUAUUAAUUGGGGUGGACCGGUAUCAUUGCGAGAAGGACAAGUCACAACGAAUGGUGAGGAUUUCUUAAGCAGUAGAGAGUCAGUGGUAAUGAUAACAAAGGAUAAUGAAAAAUACAGAUGUAUACUACCUAAAGAUGAAACACUUAAUGAGAAAAAAUAUUUGUACAAUGAACCAGAUCCAGAGAUACUUUUAGAGUCUCUUCUAAGGAGAGGAGAGUGCUCAUACAGGUUAGAUUCAUAUUGGACAUAUGAACUCUGUCAUGGAAGACAUGUCAAACAGUUCCAUGAGCUUAAAGCUGGUGUACAGGAUUCAAAAGUGCAGGAAUAUUACUUAGGAAAACUAGAACCCAAGAUCCUAGACAAGAAGUCCUCAGGUGAUCCCAAACCUUUAGAUUCGCCUCCUAUGGAAGCAGAAGAUCCUAGCAAGAUUAUUCCAUCUCGCAAGAUCAAUGGUCAAGUGUUUCCUUACUACAAAGUGGUCAUGGAUAAUGGCACCGCUUGUGAUCUGCUUGGCAAUAAACCCCGAACAACAAAUAUAAUUUACAUGUGUGCACCGAGGUCAAGUAACGAGAUUAUUUCUGUCAAAGAGAUCCAUACCUGCCACUAUGAGGUUGAAGUGUUCACGCCACUUAUUUGUGCCAACCCAGCAUACAGUUAUCGUGAAAAGCCUGUGCAUCAUAUAAGUUGUCACUCGAUGGAGGGUUCACCAGAUGAGCCCAGAAGUUAUUCUGAAUUGAUGGAGGAGAAAUUUAGUGUUGAGGGAUUCUUGCCUCCAGAAGACGAUGACAAGUCACCAGUGCCAGCAGAUGAACACAGAAAAAUUUUACCCCAGCCUGACAAUCUGCUGACUGCAUCAUUUCUAAGUGGAGAUUACUGUCUUGUUGGUGGAGGGUCUGGCUGGUGGAAAUAUGAGUUUUGUUACGGUAAACAAGUGACGCAGUUUCACCAAGAGGCAAAUGGUCCCAGAAUAAAUAUACUUCUCGGAAAAUGGGUGGAAAAUAUGCAAGGAGUCGACACAUCUUCAAGAAGUUGCCCUUUCGCUAACGGAGCCAAGCACGUGUGAAUAUAUUCUAAGGGUUGAAUCUCCAAUUAUUUGUCCUCUCUUGGAAAAGAUGGAUGAACAUGGAUUAUUUGUAGUGGAAAAUUUGUGAAAAAAAAACCCGUCUGCCGAUGAACGUCUUCAUCCGAAAAUACCAGCAAAUUUCUCUUUGUGAAAAUAUAAGUGAGAACGACAGUGUUUAUCUAUGAAAAACAGAAAACCCUGUUUUCUGGGCUUAAGUAUCAAUUAAUUUAAACUAUUGCAUCAGGGUCAGCCAAAGAAGCAUAUGUAAAUGAGGAACCAACUUUGGAUGAACUCCGACGCUCCGCUUUGUUGGCUUCGCUGACCUCACUUUUAAGAACCAUCACAAAACUGCUAGCCUGAAAGGUUACAUAAUGGUUCUAUAUCGUAAGGUAUUUUCACGAAAUUUGCUGAAACUUACGUUGGGCGGGUUUUCUCGCCAAGUGUCCCAUAAACCGUUGCAUUGCUCGGCUCUUUUGUUAAGAGG